UCUCAGCCGCUGGAUGGCAGCAUUUAACUACAUAUUGUAACCAGCAGUACUAUACUUUUAUAGUCGUUUUAUUUGUAACAUGAUUGUAGUUGUAGGCGACAAUAUAAAUCAUAAUUGAAUCGCAAUACAGUUGAACUAAUAUGCUUUUAAUGUGUUAUCUGCGUUUGAUUCUUUUUAGUCCUGAAUGUAAUUGGAAUCUGUGUAGGCUAUGAGCCGCCUUUUUACCAGGAAGUUGUAUGGAGCCGACAACGGUUGAAAUGUGAUAUUUGCUCCACUGCUCUGGUCUUAUCCGGUGAGUGGAGUGGUCAGGUCAGACGCGUACUGUGUGGAGCUUCGUGUGCGCUUUAUCGACAAUAAAGUUACAUUUGACACCUUCAUUAUUUCACCAACGAAGGUACCUGAUGGAAAAUAGCCGAUUGAAUAGAGACCUGAGGCCAUGUUUCAGAUGAUUCUACUGAGAUGGGCCUUUCCUCUAGGUGAUUCUGAUCUACACGGGUCCUGUGGAAGUGAAGAAAGUGGUAGAGGAGGAGAAGCAGGAGACCUAUCAUUCUGACUCUGUUCUGGAUCUAUGGACUGUAAACAAACACCAUUUGUCUUACGUCAGACAGUGCGACUCAUUCCACAUUUGUUUGAACUAACGUCGUACAGGAGGAGUUUUGCGUAGGAGUGACGCCACCUGUUGGACUCAGAAAAGAAGACAAUGGCCGUGUGUGUGUGUCAGUGGUGUCCGGCUGGCUCUGCUGUCGUCUAGGCUCUGAUGGCAGAUGUUCCCUCUGGACUACUGGAGGCUUGUGUGGUUGUUGGAGCAGUCAGCAGUACACUCAGGGAACUCUAUCAGUCACACCAGCAGGGUAAAAUCAAAGAGCUCCCCCUGUUGGAGACGGAGGUACUGCAGGUGCACGCCCCACCCUUUGUGAACAAAGAGAGUGUGAGUAGCGAGACCAAGGGUCAGGGUCACGCCCCGGCCUUCACCAGGAUCCAGAGGAGGCGCUCCUUCAUCAAGAAGAAGAGGGGGAGGCCUGGUACGGCUAAUGGAGAGGUAGCCAAGGGUAGCGAUGGAUGGGGUGGCACCACAGAGGACAUCAGUGUCCCCAAGGACCUGGACCUCAUCGCCCUGCCUCAGCUCUGCUUCCCAGGGGGUCUUCAGAUAGCCAGUGAGCAGAGAGAAGACUCGUACCAUUACCUGGUGUUUACUGAUGUCUUCGGGAACAGGACACAUGCUGUAGUGGUGCAGUACUACAGACCUAUACAGUUCUCUCAGGAUGGUGGGCACCAAAAUGGCUACCGGUUGUCCUCCAAGUCGUCCCGUCUCUACACGGCGUACGGCAUCUGUGUCAUCUCUAAAUACCCUUACUACAACGCUCUCAGGGACUGCCUGUCAUGUCUCUUGUCCCAGCUCAAGCCCAGCUGGAUGGGGGACUUUGAGGAGAGGGUGAAGGAGUUUUCAGCCAAGCUGGCACUGGUGCCCAUACCUCCACCUGGGCAACUGCAUGUGGUGUUUAGUCUGAGGCCUCUCCAGAUUGGGCUUCCCUCCCGGGAGGAUAAGGACCGGCCAGCUGUUGACCUCGACCUCCAUCUGCCUUUCCUGUGCUUUAGACCCCGACAGCUCCUCCAAAUCAUUACCAGCCUGCUGACAGAGCAGAGGGUAGUACUGUUUUCCUGUGACUGGGCCCGGCUCACCCUGCUGGCAGAGAGCCUGAUGCUCUUCAUCCACCCCCUGGUGUGGCAGCACCCCUUCGUCCCCGUCCUCUCAAGCCAGAUGCUGGACUUCCUCAUGGCGCCCACCGCCUACCUCAUGGGCUGUCAUCUGCACCAUUAUGAAGAGGUGGCCGCGGAAACAGAUGAUCUGAUUCUGGUUAACAUUGAUGAUGGCAUCGUGUCGUCUUCCUCGUCCGACGGGGUUGACCUGCCGGACGUCCCGCUGGCGGCCAGAGAGUGUUUUCUAACACGGGCGGAGGGUCUCCAGAUGCACUAUGACCUGGACGUGUGUCACCUGGGGUCCAGUACAGACAUCAAUGACCAGAGGGCCCAGAGGAGGCAGUGGCAGAGGAAACUUAACACACACAUCCAGAACAUCACUCUGGAACUCAUCGUCAACAUCUUCAGAGAAGUCCACCAUCACCUCAACUAUGAGCACAGAGUCUUCAACAGUGAAGAGUUCUUCAGGUCUAGAGAACCAGCAGACCAGCCAUUUUUCAAGAAGGUGUUGGACACACACAUCUUCCACUCGUUCCUACGGGAUCGUCUGAACAGGAAGAUGGACGCGUUUACACGCAUGGAGCUGAGCACUCGGACAGAAACGUACAGGCUGAAGUCCAUGACAGAGUCUCCGCGGCGGCCCACCAUGCAGGAGAUGGCCCGUAAAUACACCAGCCCAGAGAGCCGGCUCAGCAAGAGGCUGGGGGCCAGCCUGCCCAACCUGGGGGAGGGUGUAGGCGCCCUAGUGGGACCCCUCAUGCAGAACUCCCUCAAGAAGAUACAGGUGGACAGCGGUAGGUGGACAGAGGUAGUUUGUAGGUUCAGGUGGACAGAGGUAGUUUGUAGGUUCAGGUGGACAGAGGUAGUUUGUAGGUUCAGGUGGACAGAGGUAGUUUGUAGGUUCAGGUGGACAGAGGUAGUUUGUAGGUUCAGGUGGACAGUGGUAGUUUGUAGGUUCAGGUGGACAGUGGUAGUUUGUAGGUUCAGGUGGACAGAGGUAGUUUGUAGGUUCAGGUGGACAGUGGUAGUUUGUAGGUUCAGGUGGACAGAGGUAGUUUGUAGGUUCAGGUGGACAGUGGUAGGUGGACAGUGGUGGACAGCGGUUCAGGUGGACAGCGGUCUGAAGUCUCCCCAGAAGCCAGUGAGAUGCUUCAAGCUUCCUGAGUUCCCUCCACCGCUGGCAUACCACUACGUCCAGAAUUACUACCAGGAGAUGAUCACCCUCCUGGACAAGGCCAUCAGCGGGGUGGCCUUCGAGGACUCCUCUCUCCUGGCCUGCUAUCACUACCUCCGGGGCUUUGUCAACACAGUGGCCGGUAAACGUCUGGACGCACUGGAAGACUUUCAGAACCUUUACAAGACGGACACGGACAUCUUCCCUGGCGAGCUGGUCAACGCCCUGGUGGACUCUCUACAGGAUGGGGAACGGGCACAAGCGAACCGCCGAACCGAGAUCAAACGCCUGAUUAGUCGGGUGAAGAAGGACCACGAGAGGGAGCGGACGUGCCAUGACGACGAAGCUGUCAAGCGGUUCCAGCUGCCGAAAAAGCACAUGCAGUUGGAGGACUUUGUGAGGCACGUGCAGGAGUCUGGGAUUGUCAAGGACCAGGGGACCAUUCACCGGCUGUUUGAGGCUCUCACUGUGGGCCAGCAAAAACAGGUGGAUCCAGAACUCUUCAGAGUGUUCUACACCUUCUGGAAGGAGACGGAGGCCGAGGCUCAGGAAGUGGCCCUGCCGGCCUCAGUCCUGGAGCACCUGGAGGCUAACGAGUGUGUCUUCAAGCUGUCCUCUUCGGUCAAGACCAGCCACGGCGUGGGCAAGAUCGCCAUGACCCAGAGACGGCUGUUCCUGCUGACAGUAGGACGACCCGGGUACGUGGAGAUCACCAAGUUCAGAGACAUUGAGGAGGUGAAGAUCUCCUCGGCUCCCUUCCUGCUGCUGAGGAUCCCCUCUCUGAAGAUCAAGACCACCCUGAGGAAAGAGACGUUUGAGGUCAACCUGAAGUCGGAGGUUGACCUCUGGCACAUCAUGGUUAAGGAGAUGUGGGCCGGACGGAAGAUGGCCGACGACCACAAGGACCCCCAGUAUAUGCAGCAGGCUCUGACCAAUGCCCUGUUGAUGGAUGCAGUGGUUGGCUGUCUGCAUUCACAAAAGGCCAUUUUUGCAGCAACCAAGUUAGCACACUUUGACAGAAUGAAACUGGAAGUGCCAAUGAUGGUUCCCAAAACCACGUCAGAGACCCUGAAACACAAGAUCAACCCGUCUCUGGACCGGACCAGCCCCCAGGCGGUAGAUGUUCUGCUCUACACCCCAGGCCAGCUGGGCGUAUCGUUCGACACCGAGGGUGAUGGGAACCCCAAACUGUGGUGUGCCCUGAGCGACGGGAAGGUUGUGGUGUUUGAUGCAGCCAGCUGGUCCAUGCAACAAAGCCAACUUCAAGUAGGCUCUUCACGAGUGAACUGCAUGCUGGGAGUAGACCGGCAGCAGGUGUGGAUUGGCUCUCAGGAUUCCGUCAUUUACAUAAUCAGCACCCGCAGCAUGUCCUGUAACAAGCAGCUGACGGACCACCGCAGUGAGAUCACAGGGUUGGCCCUAGGGGAGCGCAGGGAGAAGUACAGCCCCAAGGUGGCGUACUCCUGCAGUGCGGAAGGUACAGUGAUGACGUGGGACGUGUCCACACUGCAGGUGAGGAAACAGUUCAGGCUCUCCUGUGACCGUCUCCAGUCCGUUCAGCUCUGCAGUGGAACCCUGUGGUGCUGUGCCAGAGACUGCAUUAUGGAGGUGUGGAAAAAUGGAACGUUGACUCGCAAGAUCUCCCUUCCUGAACAGCUCCGUGGCUCCCCCACCGCCUUUAGCAGCUUCCUGCUCUACCAGGAGAAGGAGCAGCUGUGGACGGCCUGUAUAGACGUAGGGGAGCUGUGUGUGUGGCACCUCGCGGAGCUCACCAAGCCCUUCCAGAGGAUCCAGUUGCCCGACUGUGCAGGUGUCACCUGCCUCAUCAAGGUCAAAAACCAGAUCUGGGUUGGCGGCCGUAGCUCGGGGAAGUCCAGGGGGAAGAUCUACGUAGUGGAUACCCAGCGACACACGGUAGAGAAGGAGCUGGUAGCUCACACAGACUGUGUCCAGGCACUGUGCUCCGCAGAGGACCGCUAUGUGCUGAGUGGGGCGGCCCGCGAGGAUGGGAAGAUAGCCAUCUGGAAAGUGGAGUAACUGGAGUGGAAUUCAAUACUGCCCCCUGGUGCAGUAUUGGGUUCAGAACAGGGUCGUGUUCAUUAGGCACCAAACGGUAGAAAAUGGACUGAAACAGAGAGCGGCUACAUGGGCCAAUAAGAAACACUCUUUUUCGUUUUCUGUUGAAGAAGAUUUUGCUACGUUGUGCUCUAAUAACCCAGGUUAUUGUGAACAGUUGGGAAAUGGACUUGUUGUGAUUUCAGAGUGUCUGUGGGUGGAUGACUGACCCAAAGACUGACCCAAAGACUGACCCAAAGACUGACCCAAAGACUGACCCAAAGACUGACCCAAAGACUGACCCAAAGACUGACCCAAAGACAAAAUAAGGGGUCUUCCUCAUGAUUGCAUGGGGGUUUUGUAUUAUUGCUCAUUAGACAUACAACAACUGAAGUAAUUUGUCCAACCUAUAGUUAAAUACCUUUUUAUUUGUGUUCAGCAGUGUUAACUGCUUAUUUUAAUGUUAACAUCUAGACCUUUUUGUAUGUUUUAAUACACACUACUACAUUUUUGUAUUGUUUACUGGUGUUAUUAAACGUGUAUUAUUAAAAAUGUA